CCUCCAGAUCCGCUAAAAUGUUCAACCACAACCCGCUUUCUCUACGCGGAAACGAACCCGAUAGGCUCCGAGAGAUCCCGCGCCGGUGCUCCGAGCAAAUUCCCUCCCUCUCUCGAAACCCUUAAAGAUCUCAACUUUUUCAAUAGCCCCAAAAUCAAUCCCCCAAAGCCCUAGCUCUCAAUCCACUGAAAUCUGCCCCAAUUUCCCCCUCUUUUUUUUUUUACCUUAGGGCUUGCUGCCAGCCAAAAACCCCCCCAUGGAAAUCUGCUGAAACCCUAGCCCUAACCCCAGUUUACUCAGAUGAAGAGUCGAUCUCAUCGUCUUACUCCCUCGGAUCCCCCCGACGACUGGGCCAACGGUUCAUGGACGGUCGACUGCUCGUGCGGCGUCACGUUCGACGACGGCGAGGAGAUGGUGAGCUGCGACGAGUGCGGAGUCUGGGUCCACACUCGCUGCUCCCGGUUCGUCAAGGGCGAGGCCAACUUCGCCUGCCACAACUGCAAGAAGAACCAAAACAGCGUCAGUUCAUCGAAGAAACCUUCUUCGACAGCGAUUGAUACGGAGGAGAGCGAAGUUGCUCAGCUCCUCAUCGAGCUGCCGACCAAGACUGACCCUUGCUUGCCUCCGAACCCGUUCCCGGGUCCCGCGUACCGGGCUCCGUUUCGUCUGUGGGCUGAAGUUCCGAUGGAGGAUCGGGUUCAUGUUCAGGGAGUUCCUGGGGGAGAUCCUUCUCUGUUUCAGGGGAUUUCAUCGUCCGUUUUUUCUUCGGAGCUCUGGAGGUGUACUGGGUAUGUGCCCAAGAAGUUCAAUUUUCAGUACAGAGAGUUUCCGUCUUGGGAGGAGGAUGGAGGAGAGAAUACAGCGAGCCGGGGUGCUGAUGUUUUGUUCUCCUUGUCGAAGGAGAUUGUGCCUUCUCAGGUCCCAGUGAGGGCUUUUGAGAGGAAGCAAGAAAAUGAGAAGGUUUUGUUAGGAAGUAGGUUGCAGAGUUGGGGGAAGAAGGAAAGGAACAAGCUUCGAGUUUUCAGUUCGCAUUCGAGUAAGAGGAGGAAGGAGGAGAUGGGAGAAGCCAAGGAGAAGGACGGGAAGAAGAAGAAGCCGAGGAGUGAUGCUGACAGAGUUGCAGCUGAAUUCAAGAAGAGAGUAGUUUCCGUUACUCUUGCCAAUAUCGAUAAGGCUGGACUAUCUGAGGAUGGUGGUCUUCAGGAUGCAAAGCCAGAUAUUCCAUCUGUGAAGAGUGAAGAAAGGAAAGAAGAUGCACCAUCUCAGCAUAAUUCUGGUGAUCAAGUGGAAAGAACGGAUAGUGGUAAUCAAGUGGAAAUAAUGGAUGUUGACAGUAAACUGAAACAUGUUUUAGUCAUUAAAGCUUCUAAAGGAGGUUCUAGUGCGGAAGUACCAAGGCAGAAAAAUGCAUCAGAAGUGCAUGUAAAGGUCAGAGUGGAGGACGGGCAUGCUGGUAUUUUAUCGGAAGCUGAUGCUUCUGCUGCAUCUCAGAAGAGAAGGGAGGAUGAAGUUAAGGAAUCUGUGAAAGAAGAGGAUUUAAGCAAAGCGAUACAUGAUUUGAGACAAUCCAAGGAUGAGAGCAAUUUUCAGCGAGAUCCAAAUGGUCCGGAGAAGGCUAAGCCUUUAUCUUCCAGUUCGUGUCAGAGAAAUGAAAAGAUGAACCUACCAGUCACUCAACCACCGUCAGAGCUUUCUAAUAAUUCAAACUCCAUGCAUCCGCCAACAUCUGUAAACGAUGCUAACACUUUAAGCGAUGAUCAACAGGAGUCGAGCAAAGCUGUAAAUUGUUUGAAACAAUCCAAGGAUGAGAGCGAUUUUGAUGGGGUUCCGAACAAUUCAACACAGGCUAAGCUGGUGUCUUCUGUCUCAUCUCAGAAAAAUGAGAAGUUGAACCCGUCAAUCCCUCAACCACCCUCAAAGCGUCAUAGUCAUUCAACGUCCAUGCAUCCACCAACAUGUGCAAGUGCUAUUACCACUUUAAGUGAUGAAGAGCUUGCAUUACUUUUACAUCAAGAACUAAACAGCUCUCCUAGAGUUCCAAGGGUUCCACGCAUGCGUCAAGCAUCGGGUAUGCAGUUGACUUCUCAAUCUGCUCCAAGUAUGCUUUCAAAGCGCUCUUCACAUUCUGCAGGAAAAGAUCAGGUGUUUAGAAGGAAGAACAAAGAAGAGGCAUCCAGAGAUGGGUCUCACAACUCCCAUGAGUCAAUAGAUGAAACAAAAAAGGCUGGAAGAGCUAUGUCUAUUCCUGAUCGGAGAUGUCGAGAAUCAUCCUUUGCAGAUGGUUCUGCCAAGAAGGAUUCACGGCAUAGGUCACCAGAUACUGCUGUGUCUUUGAAGAAGAACACAUCUUGUGCCUUCACUGAAGGUGAGAACGCCAGCCAAUCUUUCUUUGAGGCUAGCAGACAGAAUGUGUCGUCCGUGAAGGGUUUUCCUAAGGAUGCUUCAGAUGAUAAGACUACUCGCACUUUGCCUGGAUUAAUUAAUGAGAUCUUGAGCAAGCAGAAGUGUUCGUCAUACAAAGAACUAUGUGACGCUGUUCGUCCGCACUGGCACAAUGUUAGGAAGCCAAAUGGAGACCGGUAUGCUUAUUCUAGUCAUUCACAUGCUGUUUUGGAUUGCUUGAGGAACAGGAGUGAGUGGGCACAUCUCAUUGCCCGGGGCCCGAAGACCAAUUCUAGCAAGAGAAGACGGAAGACUGAUUCAGAUACACCAACCAUGGAAGAAACAGAGAAUGAAGAAGCAAAAACUAGAACUUCUUCAAAGGAGUUAGAUGACAAAAGUGGGGAUUCACACAGGGAAGAUUUUCCGAAGGGUAAGCGGAAGGCAAGGAAGCGUAGGAUGUUGAAGGUAAGAGGUCAGAGUGAGGAGUCCAAGAAGAGAAAGCGAACCACCAGCUCAGGAUCUGCCAUCCUAUCAGAGGACGAUGAUAGUGAUGAUGAUGAAGAAUCUGCUGGUGCAUUCUCCAAUUCGAGCAAUAAGGGAGCUGAUGGGGAAUUCAGCGAGGAUGAGAGUCAUGGAGCUGUAGAAUGUACUGUUAGAACCGAGGCCUCAACUUCGACCAGCUCUGCAAGUUCAAGAUAAGAAAGUUUAUCCAAUGGUACAUAAUUGUGGGGAUGUGAUUACUUAAUGGAGUAGUGAUCCAUGGAGUGCUUCUUGAUUGAGUUUUAACUUGGUUUAGAACUCAAUUUUCAUCAUCAUCCUAAUUCAUCGAUACAUGACUAGUUUUCUUAUAGGCACUUCUAGAUGUUCUUUGAAUCUUCCACUGUAUAUAAAGGCUAAAUGUUGGCUUUCUGUUUGGCUUUAAAUCUCAGAAGUUUAGCUUAUCCUUACAGUUAUAUGACCUUUUGUUUAGGUUCAGUUUGAAUUUGAAUAGCAAAAUGGAGUAUCUUGUAUGUGUAUCAGAUUCUAGUUGAAGCAGCUCAUUUUGUAUAUUCAUUUGAGUAAAUCAAAAUUUUGAUCUUCUGUCUA